CCUCGAGGCAGCGGGGGCGACGCGCCGGGGCCGGGCAUGGCACUGAGAGCGGCUCCGGAACGCGCGUCCUCCUCCCGGACGGAUUAAUUUUUCUCUGUCUCUAUUUACAUGGUGAUAAGAAGAGCUAAUCCCACUCCGUCAGUCUGGACUGAUGAAUCUGAGGAGUAGAGCAGAGCCCUGCGUUGUGUAAACGAACUGAUGGAUGAAGAUGAGAAGGACAGGGCAAAGAGGGCAUCACGCAACAAAUCUGAAAAGAAGAGGAGAGACCAGUUCAAUGUCCUCAUUAAAGAGCUCUGCACAAUGCUGCAGGGGCACGGCCACCCUCUCAAGAUGGACAAAUCCACCAUACUGCAGAGGACCAUCGACUUCUUACAGAAACAGAAAGAAAUCACAGCACAGACAGAAGCCUGUGAGAUUAGACAAGACUGGAAGCCUUCAUUUCUUAGCAACGAGGAGUUCACCCAGUUGAUGUUAGAGGCAUUAGAUGGCUUCCUCAUCGCUCUGACCACCGAUGGGAUUAUUAUUUAUGUCUCUGAUAGUGUCUCAUCUCUGCUCGGGCACUUACCGUCAGAUUUGGUGGACCAAAAUAUAUUAAACUUUCUGCCUGAGCGGGAGCAGAGCGAGGUGUACAAGCUCCUUUCUCCACAUGUGCUCAUGACAGAGCCCGUUGCAGCUGAUUUUCUGAACGUGGAAAAGCAAAUAGAGUUUUGCUGCCAUUUAGCGAGAGGCAGCUUAGAUCCAAAUGAGCCUCUGACAUAUGAAUACGUGAAAUUUGUAGUGGAUUUUAAGUAUUUUACUCAUGUGCCUACACCCUCCUGUAAUGGCUUUGAGUCAGCUAUUGCACGAGCUUUCAGGUCAGCCACAGAGGAGCAGAUUUGCCUCGUAGCAACAGUUCGUCUCGUCACACCGCAGUUCUUAAAGGAGCUCUGCAAUGUUGAAGAGCCAUGUGAAGAAUUUACAUCGAGGCAUAGUUUGGAGUGGAAGUUUUUAUUCUUGGACCACAGGGCUCCUCCUAUUAUAGGAUACUUACCCUUUGAGGUGCUGGGAACGUCAGGGUAUGACUACUACCACGCAGAUGACCUGGAGCUUCUCGCUAGGUGCCAUGAACACUUGAUGCAAUUUGGAAAAGGCAAGUCGUGUUACUACCGGUUCCUGACCAAGGGCCAGCAGUGGAUCUGGCUGCAGACACACUACUACAUCACCUACCACCAAUGGAAUUCCAAGCCCGAGUUCAUCGUGUGCACUCACCUGGUAGUUAGUUACGCAGAAGUCCGAGCUGAAAAAAGGCGAGACCUUGGCCUCGAAGAGUCAUCAGUUGAACUGGCAUCCUCUUCUAUAAAGAGCCACGGCAGCUACCUAGAGGUGGGCCGCUGUGGCAGCAGCCAAGAUGCCAGCCGGGAGGGAAUGUCGCUGUCGUCCCACAGCUCCCGCCGCUCCUCUCACACCGCGCUCUCCGACUCUGCCUCCACCUCGUCCAUGCGACACACCGACACCAGCACUUCCACCCGGCCGGCGGUGCCAGAGAAGGCAGCCCUGCAGCUGGCGGCGGCUGGCAGCGCUCAGGCUAUAGCAACGCCUCCAGCCACGGGUGAACACCUCUCUCAGCAGCCGGCGGUCCCCUCCCAGCAGGCUGUGAUGCCCGUGUACCACUUCCCAGCCCCGCUGGGCAUGAUGCACCAGCUGAAGGAGCAGCUGGAGGAGAGGACACGCAUUCUGCAAGCGGACAUCAAAACGCAGCAGGAGGAGCUGCACGUCAUCAAGGAGCAGCUCCAGCUGGUGCAGGACUCCAACCUGCAGAUGCUGAUGCAGCAGCCGAUCCCACUGGUCUUCAACAGCGCGCAGCGUCAGAGCCCACGGAGGGCCCCGCCUCCAUCCCGGCAGCCCAGCACCAAGAAGGCCCCGCAGCCAGGCCCCAUGGCCAAGCGCUACGGGGGUCCCCCUGCGUCCACCCCGCGCCUGUUCCUCAGGGAGCCCUGCAGCACUCCCUCCCAGGUACCACAGCAGCAGCAGCACCUAAUGCGAGGAAACCAAGCCCAGCCAACGUGUCUGCCAGGGCAGACGAGCAUUUCAGUGCCCCUCUACAACAACCCCACGGUGUUUUCGCAAGCACAUCCCAUCACAGUGGCUGCACAGCUUCCAACUGAUGUUAGUGAAAGGCAGAUGCAGUCUGACUACAGCCAGGACAGGAGCCUCAGAUUCGUGGCAGAGCAGCAGCCCUUGCCUCCCACCACGCAGAUGCAGCCCAUCAGUGGCAGCACGGUGCGGCCCCCCGCUCCCUCGCCUGUGUUCUCCCCAUCCGUGAUGCUCCCCCAUGGCAGCUUCGUGGCCCACCCCGGCAGCACCCCGCUGCACCUCCACCCCUGGCCACAGCAGCAGGUUCAGCAGCACCGUCUCUACCUUCAGAUGCAAGGAGCUGAGGCUGUGCCGGGAGGCCCCGGCCCACGUGUGUUCCAGCCAGCCCACCUCCCGCAGCAGAGCCCCCUGAGCUACUUCCUGCACCCGCAGCCGCAGGGCCGCCACGCACAGGGCCAGCCCUGCAACCUGCCUGACCUGCCCGAGAUGCAGCUGCCCUGACCCACUGCCGCUCAGACCAGCGAGACCCCGCCUCACAGGGCGGGAUCGCCGCGGGGCCCCGCUGGGGUCUCCUGUCGGCAUCACCGCUCAAAAGAGCCCGUGGGCUGCGAGUCUCGGCCAGGCCUGCCCAGAGGGAGCGCGCCGUGGAGCUGAGGAAGAGGAGGAUGCUCACCUGGGGCUCCCGCCCACCGGAGCUGCAGACUCGGUGAGAAGGCUGUGCUUGGGGCAGGAGCCGGGAUGCUGCUGCCGGUCGCCGAGCCGUGCCUGCCCGUGCCAGUGCUGGCUGCUGAUCUUUGACCUGAGGGGGACAGCCGCCCGGCUGCGGGCAGGUGGCUGAGGUCCCCGUGGGGAUGGCGGCGCUGCAGACGAGCCGUGUCCGAUCAGGGCCGCGGUGCUGGAAGUCACUGUGAUGCCGAUCCCAGCGCCCGCAGCGCGCCGCAGGGCUGCCGUGUACAUAGCUCGCCUCGCUCUCGUAGGUCCGUUGUGGAGUUUUUCCUUAUUUCUAUACCUCAACCCCACCGUUUUGUUUUCCGGGAGAUUGGAUAAUGCUGCUAACUUACGUAACACCACUUUUGCCUGAAUUUCUUACUGUUGUUAAACCAGCUCACAUCACAACCAGUAAGAUAUUCCUCAUCUUUUAUUUUGGUUAACAAACACAGAGAAAUUUAUGUGGUUUUUACUCCCUGUAGCCAAAUAUUUUUCAGGUUACCUACAAAGAACCUUCACUCUUUCUCCUCUGUCAUUCUGUUCUGAUCCAGGUGGAUGUUGUUGUAUAUGUUUCUUAACAUGAAAACAAACCAACACAGUAGAACACCGUAUUGACAGCAAACUUUGUGGUUUUGCUCGGUCAGAUUUCAGGCUGACAAACCCGGAACAUAUACUCACAAUGACACAGGCGAUGUUACAAGCCCAUGGGGUCAGCAAUAAAGUGUAUUUUUGUAAAUUGCCACUUUUUAAGUAUAUGUUUAUAUUUAUGAAUUGAAAACUAGUCUGCUCCAUAGUGGGUGUAUAGCUGUGUCCCUACUGUUUGUGUCUUUCCAAAGGAAAAAGGAACAGCUACAUUUCUGAGGUGCUGGGGGCUGAGCACUAACUGUGGGCACUGCUGGAGCCCAGACACAGGUGAAGGUGUAGGCUGUUGCUGUCAGCUUUGCAGGCAGGUGGGGAGGAAAACGUGCGCACGCAGAGGCACGCACUUACAGCAAGGAUACACUAUUGAACGCAGUUUAUGUCUCAGUGUUGCUGCUGGGAGAAGGCUGCAGCAUGGUGGCUGUCCUGCAUGUCCCCUUCCACAUGCCAGCCCUGUGUGCCUGGGCUCUUAUGAGCAGGGCUUGACACAGAAGGGGUUCGCUGCCUUGCAAGGAGAGGAGCUGGGGGCGGUGGGUGUGCAGGAUGGGGCUGUGCCCCUCCACAGCCCUGCUGAUGGCACUGGGCUGCGCGGUGAUGGGGGGAGCUGUGGGGUGGCACGGCUGUCUAUCGCUCGCAGCCUCGCGGCAGGGAGCAGGAGAGGUUUGCAAGGAUGUUUACAUGUGAGAUUGGCCUUGCUGAAGCAAGCAACCUGAAACAAGCACUUUAUCACACCCCCUUUUAUUUCCAGCACCCACCCCAGCCGCAAGCACAGCCGCUCGUGGGCCUGGUGCCGCCUGGGCAGAGCCGUGUGUGCCGUGGGCCAAAAUCCCAGAGCCUCUGCUCAGCCUGCAUCCAACCGGGCACGGCAGGCUCAGGGCCGUGGGAUUUUUGCCUUAGUUAUCACUCGCACUCAAAGAAUUAACGACUAAAUGAAUCUUCUUAUUCAGGUGAACUCCUGUUCAUUUACCUCGGUGAUAGCUACGUCCUGUGUUUUUGGGAUCCCUUUGGAAUUGAGGGUUGCUGGCGGGUUUGGUUCCCCCCUGGGUGCUGAUGAGUGAAGUUGGGCUCCAGCACCAGCGCUCAGUGACAACCUGAGGCUUUCCAGCACACAAGCACCCGUGUGCUAGCACUCUCUCCCUUCAUAUCUAGAUAUACAAGUGUGUGUUUGUAAUAUACAUAUAUAUAUGUAUGUAUGUGGGUAUCUCUAUCUACAGGCCACACAAUUCCAGACCUCUGAAAACACAGGCAGCUUUAAUUAAUAAAGUCUUGCACUUUUAGCGUAUUUGUACAUAUAAGCUAAAGCCUGGUGGGUGCAAUCAGGCUGGUUUGACAAACACAGCGAAAAACUGACUGUAUAUAUUGUAACAUACUCUGUGUAAAAGAAGAAAAAUCUUAGAAGUGACUAUAAAUCUUGGUUUAUUUUAUAUGCUGUCAAAUAUAGAUACAUUUAUAGAUGUUAUUAUUCUUAAAAGUAUUUUGUAAUGGGAAAAAGAAAGUGUCUUAUGAAGAGUAAAGAUUUUAUUCUUGUCUUGAAUCUAUGUCGCUGCACAGCUCUGUUGGAUGGGAACCUGUGCAUUUUGAGAAGCUUUAAACAGAUUAUACAUGGUAU